CAUAGGGUUUUCGCGAUCGCUGGCCAUGGCCGCCGCGGCUAGCGAGAUCGAGCCGGCUCCAUCGGAUCGAAAUAUUUCACGGCAGAAUUCGGCGCCGCAGCUGCCAGUGUCCACAUCGUCGUCCAGCGCCGAUCAGCGGUGGCAGUCGUUCAAUGGCGCAUCAGCAGCUCCAGCUCCAGGAAAUCCUCCUCCUCCGGGGCCAUAUUCCGGGCCUCCGGGAGCUCCACUCUUCAAGCCUGCGAUCCCUUUCUCCCCCCCUCCGCCGCCACCCUUCGCCGCGCAAUUCCCACAGCGCCCGCCGCCGCCGCCGGACAUCGCCGCGAGUUCGCCACGGCACGGGAUGAGCCAGCCAUUCUCGGAGAUUCCCAUCAGUCCUUCCUCCGGCCCUCCGGGAUUGAUGAACGGGCAGGGAGAAGAUCACACCAAGAUCUCUCCAGAGGACUAUGCCACGACCUUUGUCAUGUUUACAUCCCGACUGAUCUUGAGCGAGAAGAAGCUCCUGAAUGCAACAAGCUUGGCGUUUGGAGCUCUGCUAUCGCCAGGGAGAGAGAUCGACCCGUCACCUCCAGCCAUCCAGAGAGAUCCUGCACGCUGCGAGAAGUGUGGUGCGUACCCGAAUCUAUACUCUCGGCUCACUCCAGUCUCGGGGCAGUGGCAAUGCAUGCUUUGCCAGAAGAUCAACAGCAGCAAUGGAGAGUACAGGCCCGCCGGCGCCAACGAUUUGCAUAACUGGCCAGAGCUCGUGUCCCCCGUCGUGGACUUCAUGGAUGCUGGAUCAUGGAGGCCGGGAUUUGUUCCAGUGGCGGACUCGACAGUGGCAGCCGCUCCAGUGGUACUGGUUAUAGACGAGAGCCUGGAAGAACCUCUACUCCAACACUUACAGAGCUCUCUACACUCGUUCCUGGAUUCCUUGGGACCAUCAACUCGGAUAGGCAUCAUCACUUAUGGGAAGACGGUCUCCAUCUAUGAUCUCUCCGAGACUGCGCUCGCAGCGGCGGAUGUUAUACCGGGGGAUGUAGCUCCUAGCCACGAGCUGCUCAAGAUGCUGAUAUACGGGACAGGGAUUUAUCUCAUGCCUAUUCAUACUUGUCUGGGAGUCGCUCAUACGAUCGUCUCAUCUCUGAGGCCUUACUCCGGGAACUUGAGAGAAGCAGGGAGACCGCGGUGCCUGGGAACAGCCGUGGACGUUGCUCUCGCGCUUAUACAGGGUCCAUCGACGCAGAUAAUGGCAAAGCGAUCGGGUGGUAACAGCCAUGUCUUGGUCUGCGCGGCAGGCCCGAAUACUCUCGGUCCGGGAUCUCUUCCACAGUUUGAGAACCAUCCAAACUAUGCUUAUAUCGAGGCGAACUCUAUCAAGUAUAUGGAGCGUUUGGGACGCAAGGCCAGACUUUCAGACACAGCCGUGGACGUCCUGUGCGCUGGGACGUGUCCCGUGAGAGCGGUGACUUUGGAGCCGCUGGUGAAAGCUUCCGGGGGUGUGAUGGUGCUCCACGACGACUUUGGAGAGGCUUUCGGCCUCAAUCUCCAGAGAUCGUUUACAAGAGCCGGGGGACUUCGCGCGACUCUGGAAGUUCGAUGCAGCGAAGGGAUUGGAGUUAGCAGUGUUAUUGGGCCGGGACAGGACGCCAGCUCCGAUGCGGCCGAGUCUUUUGGAAGAGAGCCCGCGGUGGCACUGCGCAUGAUGAGCGUGGAAGAACACCAAGGAUUUGCCCUGUCAAUGCAGCUGACGAGCAACUUCCACGACGAUUAUGCGUACUUCCAGUUCGUGGUCCGCUACACGGGCACCUUCCAAGCUCGGAUAACGAGAGUCAUCACAGUGCGGCUGCCGGUCACGACUAGCGUUUCCAAGUACCUCACAGGAAUUAAUCCGGAGGCCGCAGCGGUCCUGAUCGCCAAGAGGACAGCCUUGGAAGCCAAGAGCAUGGCGGACGCGGCAGAGCUGCGCUUCUCAGUCGACCAGAGACUGAAAGAUAUACGCUCCAGGUUUGGACCAAGGGCCGGGGCACCGCCAUUCCCCAGGGAGAUUACAAAGCUGGCCGAGGCGCUGUUCCACUUGCGUCGUGGUCCACUGCUUGGAAGCAUUGUCGGCCACGAAGACGAGCGACUGGUGAUCAGGAACAUCUUCCUCCAAGCUUCGUAUGAGCUUGCACUGAGGAUGGUGGUGCCGCGAGUGUAUCUGUUCCACGACAAUGGCUCGUUCGAGGCUGUCCCGGCUUAUAACUUGGCGAUGCAGUCCCAGACGGCACUGAUCUUAGAUCACGGUACCGACGUUCAUAUCUGGCUGGGACAUGAGCUUUGUCAAGAUGAGAAGCGAAAUGUGGUGGCCUUCUCGGCUUGCAAGGAAUUCGUCCGGGAGAUAACGGAGACUCGAUUUCCUGUGCCGAGGAUGCUUACUUUCAAGGAGGGAAGCUCACAGGCAAGAUACUUGCAGGCGAGAUUAAUUCCCGCUCACGACGAUCCGCCAUACGAACAGGAGUCUAGAUUUCCACAAUUGCGGGAGUUGACACCGGAGCAACGCGCGAGGUUGAAGGUGAAAUUCGUCAAGACGGACGAGCCAAGCUUGACCGUCUGGAUGAAAAGUCUCAAGCUGUGAUUCAUCGAAGAAUAAAGACUAUCAAUUUUUCCACA